AUGGGCGCGCUCUAUCGUCCACGUCACGCUCUGGCUCCACUGUUCGGCCUGGAGCUAGGCCGACGUGGCAGUGCCUUUGGGCCACCUAAGGUGGGCGGCGCCGCCCGCCGCGUCGCGCGGCCUGCGCGCCCUAGCGCCCGGUCCAUCAUGGAGGGGACGCACAGGCAGAGCUCGGGCAGCUACUGCACCGUGCCGUGGUGCGGCGGCUGCGCCGGCAACCCGCACGGCAUUGCCGAGUUCUUGCUCUCCUGCAACCUCUGCGGCGCCCCGCUCGCCGGCCGCCCCGCCUUCAUCUAUAAUGGUGAGAAGGCGUUCUGCAAGGCGGAGUGCAGGUCGAGGUACCUGGAGGCGGAGCUGCGCAGGGCAAGGGAGGAGAAGCGCCGCCACGCCUCCUCGAUCUCGCCGUCGCCGGAGCUGAAGAAGACGACGGCGGCGGCGGCGGCGGCGGCGACCAAGGCCGGAGAGGAGUGCAAGGAGGGGAGCAUCUUCUUCAUCUGCCCCCUGGACCCCCUGUAG